CACACACAUUAUAUAACAACACAUUAAUUCCACACAGAAUUUUUAAAAAAUAAAAUGGGUUGGUUUUUAAGAGACGGAAGCAGUUCGUCAUGGAAAGUUGGGUGGACAGAACGAACCCUUGCCUCGUUAAGCUUUCCUCCUCUUCCAUUAAUGGCAGUAGUGGGAAUCGUUGUCGUUUUACUCUCCAUUUCGUCGUACGCCAAUUACAGAUCACACAUGCACCAAACCGUUAUCGGUUUCAAGAUAUUCCUCUUGUUCUUGCCUUUGCUGUUGAUUUUUUUGGCUAAGUUUGUUACUAAAUACGGCAGCGUUUUGGUGAUUAGGACUCCAAGGACAAAGCGUGAGUAUUUUUCUUCUUUGUCUUUGUUUGAAGGUGGAAAUAAUAAUAAUAAUAAUAAUAAUAAUAAUAAUAAUAAUAAUAAUAAUAAUAAUAAUUCUCCAUGGGGUGUGGCUAUGGUGCUUGUUGUAGUUAUGGUUUUGAUUUCUUAUAAGUCUUAUUUUCAUUCCAAGUGGUGGCCUCCAAUUUGGGGAUCCUACUAUUAGUUUUCUCAUCAUCAUCUUCCCCACUAUAUACAAAUGUUGUAAUAAUUCUAUAUAGUUAGUUACAUCCUCACCUUAUUUUGUUUUUGUUAUAUAUACAUGAUAAUUUUUCUUGAUGUAGUUAUUUAUGAUUGUAUGUAUGUAAAGUUUCUUAAAACUCCGAAUAAUUUAUGGAAUAUUACUUGCACGUU